AUGGAUCCAGACUUGGACGACAAAACGGCCCUUUUCAGUCGACUGCAAGACUUGGAGCAAAUCGAUGAGACCGACGACCAGAUCCUUGAAGCCGAAGAAGCUAACCACCGAGCCAAAUGCAAGGCCUUUGCACAUUCUAGUCCGAGGAAACCAACACCAAGAACACGAUCAACUGUUGGCGGCACCAGUACCCCACGUCUUGAGGCUCCUCGAAGAACAGCCUCUGACUCUGCCGCUGUUCAGAGGACACCAAGAGCUACCCCUCGAGCAGACGUGAUCAUCAUUGAAGAUACGCCCGAGCCCGAAGGAAAUCCGACAAAGAGGCCCCAACUUGCGUCGCUGCUCAACGUGACUUUUAAUGAGGAAAUUAUAUCUGUACCAGACUCAGUGCAAGCAUCUUCCAGCCAACCGAGCCGGAAAGUCUCACGCCCGCAACUGCGCAGGACGAACCGGUCAUCACCAUCAGCUGAAGACACACCAUCAGUCACCAUGGGCAAACGCAAGAGACCCACAAAGCUCAAUAUGGCGCCUGAGGCACAGCAAUGGUUCAAGGGCUCGUCAUUCUUCUACUUUCCAAAUAAUGACACCAAUGCUGUGCGAGAGCGGCGCAUCACCAAAGCCCGUGAGCAUGGCGCCGAAUGGGUGCGUACCUUGAGAGAGGCCACGCAUUUGAUUGUCGAUGCAGAUCUCACUCACAAGGACCUUGAAAAGGCCUUUUCUGCCAAUGAGUUGGCGGAUAAGAUUGUUGUCAAUGAUGUAUACCCCAUGGAAUGCAUCAGCUACCGUACCUUUUUGAAACCAGAUCGGGAGAAAUUCAAGGUCCAAGGAUUAUCGUCCACGCUCAACUCGUCAGUCGAUCCUCCACAAUCAUCAGAGACAUCGGAACGGUCGUUGCAGCCCAAGGCACCUAGAAGUCGCGCCCGAACUGGUCAUCUCGAUCCGGCCGCCACCCCUCCGAGGAGUGAUGCUUCUACACAGAAGAGUACUCAGCUAUCUUCAGGCAACGUCAUUUCCGAUUCCCAAUUGGGGAGUCAAAAAGCCACUGCGGACGUUGAUCACGAAAACAGUGUUAGCCAAGAGGAGAUGCCACUAGACGUGUCCCAGGCAGGAGCAGAGGGUAAGGCGGAUGAAGAUGAGCUCGCGCAAAUUAUCCAUUUCGCCAAAGCCAAUCCAGAUGCCAACGUUGAUGCUGAGAGUGAAAUGGAGGACGACAGGCGCCCAUCGUCUGCGGACAUUUCGACUGCUCCUUCUAUCGAACAAACCGCAGUUGACAAUGGGAGAGAAAGUUCGGAUGAUGAACCGCAGAGGAAGAAUCCCCGGAAAACAAAGGCCAAACGCCUCAAGAAUGAGAAUUGGCAAGACAAGUUUGCUUGCAUGAAGGGGGGCACGAAGGACGCCAAGCCUGAUAACCCCAAUGCUGAUACAAUUGCCAUGUUGCAGUCCAUGUGUGACCACUACACAAGAAAUAAUGAGCAUUGGCGUGUGACCGCCUAUCGCAGAGCAAUUUCAGCCCUUCGUCAGCAGUCAACCAAGAUUCUCACAUCAAGCCAAGCAAAGGAUAUUGCAGGUAUUGGUGAUCGACUCGCCGACAAAAUUGAAGAAAUUGUCACCACUGGCCGCCUCAGGAGGCUGGAAGAAGCUGCGAAUGAACCAAAUCAUGAGGCCCGUGAAUUAUUCUUGAAGGUCUAUGACGUCGGUCUCCAGACGGCAGAGAAGUGGAUUGCUCAAGGUUAUCGGACCCUAGACGAUUUGCUCGAGAGGGCCAAUCUCAGCAGGAACCAGCGUAUAGGCGUGGAGCACUUUGACGACUUGAAUACGCGCAUCCCACGCGCUGAAGUUGAGGCUUUGGGUGAUCACGUCAGGAGAGUGGCCCGGGAAUUAGACUCUAGAGUCGAGCUGCUCAUUGGGGGCAGCUAUCGACGAGGUUCGGACAGCUCAGGAGAUAUAGACUUUAUAGUCACCAAGAAAGGAACAACGGCAAGUGCUGACCUUGGGCCAUUUCUCGACGAACUAGUCGGCAGAUUGAUGCGUCAAGGCUUUCUGACAGCCGGUCUUGCAACAUCCCGGUCCGAUACUGGAAACAAAUGGCAUGGAUGCUGUGUACUUCCCAAGGAAGAGUUUCCUGGUGAUAGGACACAAUACAAGCCAAUAUGGAGACGGAUCGAUUUCCUCCUGGUUCCCGAGACCGAGUUUGGUGCGGCACUGCUAUACUUUACCGGCAAUGACUUGUUCAACAGGAGCAUGCGCUUAUUAGGGGAUAAGAAGGGCAUGUGCCUGAAUCAGCGAGGGCUCUUUCGUGGCGUCAUAAGAGGCCCAGGCAGGGUCAAAUACACUGAUGGAGAGCUAGUGGAAGGGAGAGAUGAAAAGAAAAUCUUUGAGGCUCUGGGGGUUCAGUGGAGAGAGCCGCAUCAAAGGUGGUGCUAG